UAACCACGCUCCUAACCUCUCGUUCUCGACACCCUCCUCCCCUUAUAAACUCCCCUCCUCUUCACCCUCUUCUCCUCCAACAACGACGCGCAGAAGAGAUUGGCCACCCGCCUCUCGAUUCGCUCCCCAAUAAUCCAGAGCUACCACUAAUAAUCCCCCUCCGUUCCAGCGCGCGCGGCGGCGGGAGCUCGUCGGAGAAGAAGAAGAAGACCAAACCAGGCCGGCCGGUCGUCGUCGUCGUCGUCGAUCCCCUCCCGCCACCGCACCCGCCGGCUGUGAUACUAUGGAGAUGAAGAAGAUCGCCGUCGCCUUCGCCGUCCUCGCCAUCGCCUUCGCCGCGUCCGCCACCGCCGUGCUCGCCUCGGAGUCCGAAGCCGGGGGCGCGGCGGCCGCCGCGGCGGAGCCCACCGCGCCUGCCCCGGGCGCCGGCGGCGAGGCCGCCGCCGCCGGUGGCGCCGCUGCCGGCGGCGCCGCGGCCGCCACCUCGGCAGCCGCCGUCGUGGCGGCCGCGCCGCCCCUCGCCGCCAUCGUCGCCUGCUCCUUCCUCGCCUACUACCUCCAUUGAUCGAUCGUAGCAUGCAAUGCAAUGCAUGGGCGACUACGACCUAUAACGGGAUGGAACAAGAUGCAAGAGAGAGCAUCGUUUUGACAUUAUUUUCCGUGCUAAUUAAUUAAUCAGAUUGUAAAACAUGUAUUUACGAUGGAUUGAUGGACGUUUUGCUAGCUAUAUAUAUGUAUUUCGUAUCAUCGUUUGAUUAACCAUCCGAAAUGUAUUAAUCCAUCCCGUUUUUAAUAUAUGAUGUAUUUUAUUUUUAAAUAUACUGUUUGACCA